ACCCAAAUGAAUGAAAUAACCAUACACCCCCUGCAAGAGAGGACCAAUGUCCACAACCUCGAUAACAUAGUCCCAUUUUCUGCCUGACAUACCAGGCACCAAAUCUCCGAUCAUCUCCGCAUACUCCUCACGGACUUCCCCGCCCGAUGGCCUCGGCAGUCAGUCACUUCUUCUUCCUCUACAAUUGUCAAUUGACCGCAAGCUCAUUUAUUCCAUUUCACACAUCCCACAUUCAACUCGCCGGUCCCAAUCACCAUACCUAAACUCCUAUACUACAACCACCCAAAAUGGCCACCAUCACAAGAGCAGCCCGCAUCCGCAACCCAGCCCUAUUCAUCUGCGACAUCCAAGAGAAAUUCAGACCGGUGAUCUACGAAUUCUCCAAACUAAUCCCAACAACAGCCAAACUCCUCAAAGCCGCCAACGCCCUCCAGAUCCCAACCUACGUGACGACCCAAAACCGGGCCAAACUCGGCGACACGGUUUCCGAGCUCAAGCCGCAUCUCUCGUCGCCGAAUGUGAAGGCCGAUGUCGACAAGACCCUGUUCUCGAUGAUCACGCCGGAGAUUGAGGCGAAGCUGCCCAAGGUUUCUGCGGGGGAGGCGGGCCUUGAUGCUAUUAUUGUCGGGAUUGAGACGCAUAUCUGUGUUACGCAGACGACGCUGGAUUUGUUGGAGAGGGGGCAUCGGGUUUAUGUUAUUGUGGAUGGGGUGAGUAGUGUCAAUAGUGAGGAGAGGGGGAUUGCGUUGGCGAGGUUGAGGGAUGCUGGGGCCGUGGUGACUAGUAGUGAGAGUAUCUUGUUUGAGGUCUUGGGGGAUGCGAGCCAUGGUGGGUUUAGGACUGUUAGUGGGCUGGUUAAGGAGAUGAAGGAGGAGACGAAGGGGGCUUUGGAGGUUUUUUCGAAGAUCUAAGUCUCUGUUUUUGAGAGAUUUGGCUUGGGUUUGGGGUUGGACUUUUGUGGUUGUAGAACUAGGAAAUGAGAUUGAGGGCUCUUUUGAAUUGAGAUAUGGCUUGCUAUUAGGACUUCGCAGAGUGCUAUACGAAUGGUCUCGUAGGAGCUGGUUUAGUAUGGAGUGAAUGAA